UUAUUAUCUGAUUAAAUACACAAAAAAUAUUAUUUUGUGCGAGUAACAGAAAAGAAAGAAGAUCCAUUCAUAUUAAGUUGUAAUAAUUUACCCUUUAUUUGACACAUUGUUUGAGGGUCGGGAGGGAAGAAGGAAGAUAAUAGGCAGGGAUUAUUAUAUGUGUGUGUGUGUGUGUUUUUUUUUUAAUCCCCUGUGCCACUUAUGUCAUAAGUGAAAACGUAUAGAGAAACAAGCUAAAUACAACACAAAAAAUAUAUAAAUAUGUAUUUAAAAACGAAAAAAAAAAAUACUUUAUUUUUCUUCUUCUCAUUUCUUUACUUUCUUCAUAUCAGUUUAUAAAUAAAAUAAUGCGAUUUACUGCUCUUGCUAUUCUUGCUUCUGCACUCGUUGCCACUGCUUGUAACACUUCCAUUAAAGCCAUUGCUUACUUGAAUGAUACCUCUGUUGGUGUUAGUGGUUCUGUUACUUUCAUUCAGCAUAAACAUAAUGGUCCUACUGAAGUAAUUGCUAAUAUUUCUGGAUUACCUCAAGGUGAUCAUGGUAUUCAUGUUCAUCAAUAUGGCGACCUUUCUGAUGGCUGUACCUCUUUAGGUGCCCAUUAUAACCCUUUCAAUAAGACACAUGGUGGCCCUACCGGUAAAAAUAGACAUGUUGGUGACUUUGGUAAUAUUGUCGCUAACGCCGAAGGACAAGCUAUGCUUAAUCUUAAUAUUUCUACUCUUCGCUUAUCUGGCCCACACUCUAUUAUUGGUCGUGGUAUUGUUAUUCAUACUGGUAAAGAUGAUCUUGGCUUAGGUGGCACUCCAUUAUCUAACACAACUGGUAACUCUGGUGCUCGUUUGGCUUGUGCUGUUAUUGGAUAUGCUUCUACUUGAUGAUAAAAAAAAACAAAGCAAUCUAUGUGUAUUAUAUAAGCAUCCUAUAAUAUACAUUUAUCAUUCUUAUGAUUCGUGGCUUAGAAUAAAGUAUUACCAAAAAAAAAAAAAUAAAAAUAAAAGUUCGUGUAUUUCCAAAAAUAAAUUGUUUAGUAUAGAACUUUAUUUUAAUCUUAAAGAUAACAUUGAAGCUUUUUUCUUUGAACAAGUAUAAACAAUAAAACUAGAGGUUACAGCAAUUUUUAUUUAUAUAUAGAU